GCAUAGUACAAAUUCGUCGUCGGGCGCGGCUGGCGGUUUCUGGGAGCCGAUCGGCGCCGGCACGGCGGGCAAGAAGCAGAAGGCGGGUGCGCAGCCGGCGGCCGCCUCUAAGAAGAAGUCGCAGCGCAACAAGGCGGAGGAUUCGGUGAUGAAGCUCUUCGCGGGGCCGGAGGAUCCGUCCGACGACGGCUUCCACGCCUGGGCCACGGCCACGCUCAGCAAGAUGAAGACGGGCGUGGAUGUGCCCACAUUCAUCGGCUUCCUGAAGGACGUGGAGUCGCCGUACGAAGUGCAGGACUACGUGCGCUCCUACCUGGGCGACGGUAAGGAGACCAAGGAGUUCGCGCGACAGUUCAUGGAGCGUCGCAGCCGCUGGAAGAACGCCUCCAAGCGCAAGGAGAGCGAGGACAAUAUGUACGGUCCGGCUCGCGCGGUGAACCCGGCCAGCAACGAGUUUCAGGAAAUCAAGCCGAAGGGCCGCAAAGGCAAGAACAAGAACCGCGCCGUCGAUAGCAGCAUCCUGGGCUUCUCGGUCACGUCCUCCGAGGGCCGCCUGAACGUGGGCGAGCGCGAAACCAUCAACUGAGCGGCGCCGCUGCCGGCCGGGUGGGCGCGUCGGCCGAGGCGCCGGCGGAGGCGAGGAUCGGGGCCCGGUGACGGCCGCCGCGCGGGGAGCGCCAGCGGCUGGGCACGGACUGGCGGGCGGCAAGACGCACUGCGGCACGGACAGAUGUACCGUGGCACAGAGGUGGACUGGACAGCGACAGACGCACUGUGACACGGGGAGAUGGACUGAGGCAUGGACAGACGCACUGUGACACGGGGAGAUAGACUGAGGCAGGGAGAGACGGACUGUGACAGGGACAUGGACUGAGGCAGGGAGAGAGAGAGAGAGAGAGAGAGAGAGAGAGAGAGAGAGAGAGAGAGAGAGAGAGAGAGAGAG